AUGGUAUCUACAACUAUCAGGUUGAACCGACCGUUUAACGCUCUUCCAAUUACCCUUCCCGGCGAGGUCUGGCGGGUUGAUCCCGACCGCCGGACUCGAGGCAAGACAAGCCUGAUACCCCCGAGGGAUACGGACGCCGCUUUAGGAGACUUAGCUGUGGUAGGUGGAGAGGUUGCACGUGUGUCGGAAGCUGCCUUUGAAUGCGGUGACCGCCAUGAUAUGCUGGACUAUUAUGCUGGUUAUCGUGGUGUGUGUGCUAUCGAUCCCGAUUUGGAUGUCACGACUAGGAACCUUAUGCAGUUGCAGGUUGAGGCUGCGCUUGAAGAGUUGGGGACGAACGAUCUUCCCAUCACUGGGGAGCCUGCUCCGGAUAUCUUGCUGCAAACUCAACAGGUUUCCUUAAAUGAAGUGCGGCAGGACUUGUCUGCAUGGAAGGAUGCAAUCGCGGAGGAGCUUACUGCUUUGAUUACCGUGCAUCAGGCUGUCCGUUUGAUUACGAAGGCGGAGUUGCAGGAAUUAGAGUCCAGUGGUGUAAGGGUGCAGGUAGUGCCGGGGAAGUUGGUGUUCUCCAUUAAGGCAGAGAGUCGGAGAGAGAUUUAUGCCAGUGGCUUGGAGGCUGAAAGCUUGCGGUUACAACUGAGAUGGGCAGCAGGUUCUCGGUGGGAUGGAGUAGUCAUUGACGUCAAAACGGCGUUUUUGCUUGCGCCAGCUCGGCGACGAGACGGUUCCAAGAUUGCUGUGGCAGUUCCUCGUUUGAUAAUUGAUGCGGGACUUCUUGAUCCCCAAACCUAUCUUCUGGUAGACCGCGCACUUUAUGGACUCGUCGAGAGUCCGGCUGAUUGGUCGGUGUAUCGUGAUUCCACAUUGGCUCAGUGGUCGUGGACUGGACCCGGGGAGAGUUUGCGCAAACUGCGACGAUCUGAGGCCGAUCCCUCAAUCUGGUUUGUGCUGGAAGCUCUUGAAGGUAAGACUGGGUGUAUCGAGUUUCGAGACGAAUGGGGAGAAAUAUUAGCCAUCUUGGGAGUGUACGUUGAUGAUCUUCUCUUGACUGGGGCAACGGACGAACUUUCUUUCAUGAUAGCGGCGUUUGGCGGCCUCUGGAAAACCAGCGAGCCGAACUGGCUGAAUGAUGGUUUGCGCUUCUGUGGCAUUGAGGUUGAGCGGGGAAGUGAUGGAGCGUAUCACCUACAUCAGACCUCGUACUUGAGUGAUCUGGUAUCUCGGUAUGCAUUGCCUGUCGAGUCUUCUCUUCCGGACUUUAAGACCGGUUACGAGGAGGAAGAAACGUUGAGUAUUCCUCUUCUGCGCCGUGCGCAGAAACUAGUCGGUGAGCUGCUCUGGCUAUCGGGGAAAACACGUUUAGACGUGUCAUACACCGAGAGCAAGCUUGGCCAAUACUGCUCAAGGUGCCCUUCUUCGGUAUACAGGGAUGGCUUGAAGACGCUGGCAUAUCUGGCGAGGACCUCCCAUCUACAACUCCGGUAUGGCUCCUUUGAUGAACCUUGGCGCGGCCAGGAGCCACUAAGAUGUGCACGGAGUCGAUGUACGGUUGAGGGAUGGUCGGACGCAAGCUUUGGUCAGGAUGACGGUGGCCGAAGCCAUACAGGUAUUCUGUUGGUGAUCGCAGGCGGUGCGGUCAGCUGGCACAGUAGCCGUCAAACGCUGACGGCACUUUCAACGGCCGAAAGCGAAAUCAUUGCCGCCGUGGACAACAUGGUGUUGGCAAGAGCAUUGACUCCCCUCUGGGCGGAGAUGUGCCGGCAAGAGCUGCGGUGGACUCAAUGUAUCGACAAUGCUGCAUGCAUCCAGCUACUUAUCAUUCCCGGAGGAGCGUGGCGGACGAGACACCUCAGACUACGUGCGAGACACUUUCAUGAAGCUAUAUCAGACGAGGCAUUGAUGAUCCAACAUUUACCAGGCAUUGAAAUGAUUGCCGAUUGCCUUACAAAGGCGAUGCCAGAAUCCGGUUGUACUUCUCCUUGA